GUUGGCGGAGAGAGUCCGGAGGCGCGAUGACGGAGAUGCUCUUGGGGAGCAUACUAACAGCGAUCGCGCUGGCAGCUAUGGUGCUCAUUGGCGUGGUCAGCUUGUCGUCGGCCGGCGGGGCCUUUUGCUCUGGUGGAGGUGGUCUCCCUAAAGAAGAAGACGAGAAAGAGGAGGAGGACAACGACGAUGAGGAGGAGGAGGAGGAGGAGGAGGAGGAGGAAGUAGAGGAGAAAGAGGAGGAGGAGGACGACGAUGACCACGAUGAGGAGGAGGACGGUGAUGACGAGGAGGACGACGACGACAUCGACAGAGAAGAAGAAAAGGAGGUGAAGGACGAUGACGCGGAGGAGGAGGAGGAGGAGGAGGAGUUUGAGGAGUACGAGGAGGAGGAUAACAACGAUAAGGACGACGAGGAGGAGGAGGAAGAAGAGCAGGAGAAGGAGACGAACGAGGAUGGGGAAGAGGAAGAAGAAGAGGAGAUGGAGGAGGAGGAUAACGACAACGAGGACGACGAGGAGGAGGAGGAAGAAGAGCAGGAGANCCAUUAGGAAGAAGAAGAGGAGAUGGAGGAGGAGGAUAACGACAACGAGGACGACGAGGAGGAGGAGGAAGAAGAGGAGGAGGAGAAGGAGAAGGAGGAUGGGGAAGAGGAAGAAGGAGAGGAGAACGAGGAGGAGGAGAACGAGGAGGAGGAGGAGGAGGAAGAAGAGGGGGAAGAAGAGGAGGAGGAGGAGGUGGAAGAAGAAGUGGACCAGGAAAGAGGAGAAGCAAAAGGCGGAAGUGGAGGGGGAGGAGGAGGAGGAGGAGGAGGAGGAGGAGGAGGAGGAGGAGGACGAAGGGAGGCAAACUCACCUGGCGCGGGCGGGCGGGCGAUGGCACGUGGGUUGCGGCCGUUGGGCGUCGGAGUUCGGCACUUGCCACGCCGAACUCCACCGACAGGGCAAUGCGAAUUCGCGUGUGAGACAGCGCCGCCGCGUUUUGAAAUUCUAAUUUGAAAUCGGCCCGAUCUGGGCCGUCGAUCGCAAAGAUCUGACGGCGUAGAUUAGGCCAUUUUCGUUUUCGAUUUUCGA